CCUGUGUGUUGUCUCGUCUUAUCCUGCUGGUUACUUCCACCUCUCUCCCCUGGUCCCCGUCUGUCUCCUUUAUUUCUCUCUCUUGUGUUUUUUUUUCUUUUUUCUUCCCUUUUGUCCCUCUGUCCUGCUGCCUUUGGGCACUGAGCCUUGUAGCCUUGUAGUCUUCGAGGGGCGGAAGACCCAGAAGGAGAUCCACCGGCUGGAGGACGGCUCAGCUGGACUGAGACCGGGCGGAUUGGGCGGCAAUCCGGAAUAGAGGAAACAGACAACGUGGCCACGGACACCCAGAGAGAGCAUUAUAACCCACGGGGGGAGGAUCGAACAGACCAGGUCCGAAGGUUUGGGAAGAUCCCCUGCCGAUCCCCUCUGCUCCACCUGAGGAAGUUCCAGAGAAAGAAGAACUGAUGGAGGAGGACGUUCCCAGGCCACUACCACCACCCUUGGAAGUGAGACCAACGGCACCUCCACCAGAAUGGUACAAUCCUAGAACUGGGCUUUACAAAGGUCCACCUAAGUCUCCACGGCAGCGUGUUGAUGUGCGCCCCAGACAACCUUUUGAUCCAUCAUCGUACUUGCCGCUUCCACCGUCACCUCUCUCUCCUGCUGAACAAGAACCGCUGCAAGGUGCAUGCGUGGAGGCAAAAACGCUGCAACAGAAAUUGGAACAGCUAGAGAGAGAACGGCAGAAUCGAUGGAAACUAGAGGAGGAGCAAGCGAUACGAAAUAUGGAGAGCCGGACACUGAUGUCCCUUAUCCUCACACCAAUGCAAGAACUAAUGUGGAGAUCAAGGUGGGAAGAUGGUGUACAACGUGUGGUUGUAGCAAAUUUGAGUAGAGCAGAGGGGGAUCCGUUACGGUUGGCGACUAUGGAGAUGUUAUCAGGAACAGGUCCUUUCACUGAUGCUCAGCUACAAGCACGGCUAGAUGUCACUAUCUUACAACAGUCUGCAGAGUUGGCGCGCGAAGCACUGAGGACCUUGCCAGAGGAUGGCAAGGUCACUCCCCCAGAUAGAACGAUAAAACAGGGCCCCAGCAGUUUCCACAGCCUUCCGGCCGUCAGCCUCAGCGCCACCGGCGCCCAAGUGGCGCCGCCACGCCAGCCUCCAAACCAUUUCCGGGUAGGCCCGCAGCUCUGGGCCGCGGCUCUGUCCAUAGCUCCUACGCUCUAA